UCGCUAGUAAGUUAGCGCUUUUCCCAUCCUACCGGCCAUGGCAACACAUCCUUUAACAGAGGCCACAUUCACUCGCUCAAGAGGAGGAGAGGCGUCAAGAGCUCACCCGACAGAGAGCGGAGUCACGCCCAGAGCUCAAGCACCGUCAUGGACGCCGAUGAACCCGAUUACCUCGUGAACCAAAGUAGCCACACUUGCCUGACGGUGGUGCGGGGCUCCAGCCCUCGCGAUGCCGUCAUUGCCAUGGCCAAGUGCUCCGGCAACGUCAAGCAGCAGUGGUUCUUCCACCGCGGGCAGUGGCAGUGGGCAGGCAACCGCCAGUUCUGUCUGGACGUCGAUUCCGAUCACAAGAAGGUCGUUCUCGGGGAGAGUGCGAGGUCAUCCACCGUCUGGACACACGACUCCGAGGGCAGGAUCUUGACGGAGUCCCGCGGGCUGGAUGUUCCCUGGGGCAAGCCUCGAACCGCCGUCAUCCUGUACCCCAAACACGACGGCGCCAAUCAGAAAUGGUGGACUCUCUCGGGCUUAAAGGCAUCUCUCGGAGGAACCGCCUGUGUGAGGAUGGACUGCGUGCCUACGCGCGUCCUCGAGAUCUGCCACAAGGAGUGCCAGGCUGAGUACGGCCAGAUGUCUGCCCCGACGUGCCAGCGGUGCGGGAAGGCCAAAGGCGGUGUUCCAGAAUACCUGACACCAAAGCACCAACACCUGCCUGACGGUCCUCAGCGGCUCGGAUCCUCGCGACGCCGUCGUCGGCCUGGCCGAGUACACGGGUAGCGGCAGACAGCAGUGGUUCGUGCAGGGCGGCCAG